AUGACUGAAAAUGUUUAUAGAAUCAAAUCAGCAAGUGGAGAAUCCUCUUUAGAUCGAGCAAUCGCGCAGUGCAGCAUAAUUGCUGAAAAUAAAUAUUUUUCAGAAGGCAUUUUACUCAAAUGUGUAGAUGCUAAACCAUUAUAUCUAUAUUUGCACUAUGCUUUGUUCACAAACCCUGAUCAUGAAUUACGAACAGCUCAGAUUGAUCAAGCUAUUCGUGAUCUUCACCUUCGACCAAAAUCACUAUUUGGUGCAUAUGAUGAGAUAUGUGUGAUUCAGAAAGUUUCAUCAAGUGAAAAUUCAAAACUACCAUCACAUCGACAUGCUGGUUUUAUUGUUAUAUUAUUUAAACUACUUGACGAUCAAACAAAACAUGAUAGAUUAGAAAAAUCUUGGCUGAGUUGGUCAGGUGCACGAGAAAUUUACAAAUAUUCGCCUAGAAGUUGGAAUUUACGAAAAAUAGCAUUGCAUAAAUUUCCAAAAGAAAUCAAAACAAAUCAUAAACCAUUUGCAUACGUUUUAUUAUGUGAAUUUGGAAGUAUAUUGAAUCCAUCAAAUCGUUUGGAAGCAUUAAAUAUGGUUGAGCGUUUGCGAGUACGGAAUUGUGGCUACAUAUCACUUUAUCAAAUCCAAUGGUCUUAUGGACGAACAUGCAGUCCAUCUCAAGCAUCAACUAACAUGCAUAGAUCAGCAACAUCAGCCACAAGAUCUGAUCGGAAUCAGAUGAUGCGCGCUUUCUCUCAAGAAGUUGAAAUUCUUUAA